AUGGUCUUGCCAUUGCUCUUCGAGCACCCUUGGGUUGCCGUCGCUUUGGGUUACCUCAUCCUUUGCCUUAUCAUGCACCUUACUUUGCACACUGCUCAAGUUGACACGCCACCAGCAAGUCCGAUUCGGCUACCCAACGACUCAAACGAACUCACUCUCAACAACCGAACCAUUCCUCUCAGUGUCAAUUACCACUUUACGCGCAAAUGCAACUACGCCUGCGGGUUUUGUUUCCAUACCGACACUAACAGCUACAUUGCCUCCUUUCCAGAUGCCAAGGAAGCGCUGCUUCGACUCUCUCAAGCCGGGAUGAAGAAGGUCAACUUUGCAGGUGGCGAGCCAUUUCUCUAUCCAUCGAUGCUCGGCAAGAUGGUCGACUACUGCAAGCAAGAGCUCCGGCUCGAGUCGGUUAGCAUUGUCUCCAACGGAUCGAAGAUCACUGAAAGCUGGAUCCGAGCACACGCCGCAAAUCUCGACAUCCUCGCCAUCUCAUGCGACAGUUUCGACGAACGCACCAACGUCAUUAUCGGACGCGGCGAGGGCACGCACAUCACGCAACUAUACCGGGUCACCGAAUGGUGUCGGGAGUACGGCGUCAUGUUCAAACUCAACAGCGUCAUCUGCAAGUACAACUUCGACGAAGACAUGAAUGAGCACAUCGCCCGUCUACAGCCCUACCGCUGGAAGUGCUUCCAGGUACUCGUUGUCCCGGGCGAGAACGAUUCAUGUGUGACCAAACGCGACGCCCGUGGCUUCCAGAUCAGCGACGACGAGUUUCAACUCUUCUGCAAGAACCACGCUGCUCAGACAUGCAUAGUCCCGGAGAGCAACCAGGUCAUGGCCAGCAGCUAUCUCAUUCUUGACGAACACCUUCGCUUCCUCGAUAAGUCUUGCAAGAAACCAAGCGCAAGUAUUCUCGAAGUCGGUGUUCAGCAAGCUUUGGACAGUGUGUUCUGGGACAUGGAUGGAUUCAAGGAGAGAGGCGGAGUCUACGCUUGGAAUGAGAGUCUCGUGCAGGAACAGAUGCAGAAUGAGAUGGACGAUAAUGUAUUGGUGGAUAGAGCUUUGGCGAACAAGGAUGAUACGGCCGAGGAGUUGGACAGGGAGAUGAGGAAACUUAUGCAAAUCCAAGGUGCUUUCGAUAUGCGGAGCCAGAUCAUGGGUGGUGCUGCUUGUGGUGCUGGUGCUGGUGCUGGAGAAGCCAGUGAAAGCUCUGCCGAUAUGGAAGAUAUUGGAAAGAAGGCGAAGAAGGACUGA